CAAACACAACUCCCACAUCAAAAACAGUUGAUUCAAGAUGGCGGCCGAGGGCGAGUACGAGUCGAUCUUGUGCGUGAAAUCCGAUGUCAACGUUUAUCGCAUCCCGCCGCGAGCUUCAAACCGCUCAUACAGGGCAGCUGACUGGAAGCUGGAUUCUCCAGACUGGUCUGGUCGAAUGAGAGUCACAGCCAAAGGCCAAGUGGCGUACAUCAAACUGGAGGACAAGAUCUCAGGGGAGCUUUUUGCCCAGGCCCCAAUUAAGGAGUAUCCCGGUGUUGCACUGGAAACGGUCAGCGACUCUAGCCGAUACUUUGUUCUGCGGAUACAGGAUGACAAUGGUCGCAGUGCUUUCAUAGGAGUUGGCUUCGGGGACCGAGGGGACUCUUUUGAUUUCAACGUGGCUUUGCAGGACCAUUUCAAAUGGGUGAAACAGGAGAAUGAAAUCAGUAAAAGUGCCCAGCUCGGGGAUUCAGGACCAAAACUGGACUUAGGCUUUAAAGAGGGACAGACCAUCACACUCAACAUCGGGCAAGGUAGAAAGAGGGAUAAACCCCGCCCACACAGCUCAGGUGGGUUUGGACUCCUCCCACCACCACCUGGAUGCAAGAUAGCCCCUCCUCCCGUAUCAGGCUCAUCCAAUCACAACAUAGUUCCUGAGAUGGGAGGCACAGCAACAGGCUGCCUGUUGGAGCUGGACAGUAGCAACUCUAACACUGUGGUUCAGUCAAACCCUAGUUCAGAUCUUUGGGGAGACUUCUCUGCUCCUGCAAGCUCUGUUCCAUCACGACCACAAGACACCGGGAACUGGAUCCAGUUUUGAGUUGUUGUGAUUUCCAUCUCGCCUGCAUCUGUCUGUAGCUUCCUGUGCAUCACACUGAGAUUAACUCCCACACACUGAUCCAAAAGCAGAGACCUGAAACACUACAGCUAUAGAAACAUCCCAUGACAUUUCAAGAAUCAUAGUUCUUUCAGAUAUUCUUGACAGGAAAUGAAGCAUUAAUUUGUUAAAGCCAUUACUUAUGAUAUGAGCCAUGUCCAAUAAUAUUUAAGGGCUAUGUGUGACGUCCCUGAGAGGCAGGUUUUCCUCUUUUAUGUAUCUGCAUCGUCUCCCGCUACAGAUGACUCUCUGGACAGAGCUUAACCUUUAGAUCUGGCAUGUUUAUGUCACUGCAACAGCUCCCCCUGCAGGCACUGCAGAGUGCUACAUCUUAAGAAAAGGCACCAGUGCUUUGCAUAUCCUGCUGUAAAUAAUGUGCAGUGAGCUACAGAGCUUAGCUAAAGUGAAGGCUACAUUAACUGUAAGACACAAAUCAAAAAGGAAAUUCAGACAUUUUUUUUUUAUUGCUUUACAUUUGGCACUUAAAUCUUAUUUUUGUCAGCCUUAUUAUUUCUAAUUAAAUUAGAGAUUUCAUAAUUUCAGUGAUCCAUGUAACUUGUUGAUGAUAUAAAGUCCUGAAGACAGAACAGUUUGAGAUAAAACACUGUUUUACCUCCAUUUGCAAGAGUUUUCACUUAGAAACGUUGGGUUUUUAGUCUGAGCAGGGGGUUAAAUGACUGACUCGUUCCCACCCUCACACUGUGAAUUGUGGAGUAGUACAGCCUUGUCCACACGUCUGAAAAGAUCUGUAUUUAAAAUAACUACUGUAGGUCUAAAGUGGGGUUUGAUUUCAUAAUGCAAUGGUGACUUGAAGAUGAAACUUCAAAAUGUUCAGAUUAGCUUUGCUUUGUGGGGUAUGAAAACUAAAUUGUCAAGAUUUCAACUCUUCUCUGAACUCAGAUGCAAUUCUUUGCUUAAACCACGUUUAUCAUCUAAACUACUGGUAUAGUUAUCGCCAAUUAUCAAUUGUACAGUGUUUAGUGUGAUUAAAGAAACACUGAGAUGAUGAAGAUAAUGUGGGAUGAGAUACUGUAGGAAGAAUGUUUUAAAAUAUGUUUAUAGAAAUAUAUGGAGUACAUUAACAUUCCUUUCUGCUGUAUCAUAUCUAUAUAUUUAUGUUUACAAUGUAAAAUCAUAUGUGUUUACUACUGGGGGCUUGUUAUCAACAGGCUUAUUUAAUUAUGUAGCUCUGAAAUCAGUAGCCAAAUCCAGACACACAUUCAUAACUGUCAAUUAUAUACAUUUUAUUUUACUUAAAUAAACUAAGUAUUAAUUAUUUGGUGAUAGGUAUUUGUUUGCUGACAGUAAAUGAAAACUACUGAAAUACUUAAUUUAAAUUUUUUUUUCUUUUACUCCUGUGAAAACAGCAUCUCAUCCCAAUUAAGGGAAUUAAAUAAAUGAGGUAAACCAGGGCAGGAAUGUAGGACUAGAUAUCAGCAAUUUUGCAUGAAAAGCAGUUAUUUUCCUCAAAGAUUAUCAGAGGGAAGAUCGAAUGUGGGGAUGGUUGGCAAGUAAAUCUUCAGAUUCACUUCUUGCCUGUCCACCAGAUUUACAUUUAGAUGUUUAAAGAGCAGUCUUUCUGCAUCCCCUGCAUCUCCGAAAUGGUCUCCUCCUGUGAAAACCAGUGUUAUGUUAAAGAGAAAACAGACUGGGAGGUGAGUAAGACGACUUACACGUCAGUCUAAUGUGCUGUUCACAGCACAGAAGCAGUUUUACUGGGAUGUGAUGGCUUGAGAAGUGCACAUACAAUCAAUUUACUUGCUGCAAGUAAGAAUAGAUCUUGAUGAACAAGUAAAUACAAUUCCAGAUGCAGAAGCUGUUCAGCAUGACUCAGUGCUAAUGUUUCACAGCAGUUUUAGACAGUCUGAGGAAAAUAUUUGCUUAAAAGAGCAGUUUGGGAAAUAUGCUUAUUCACCUUUUUACGGAGAGUUCGAUGCGAAUAUAGAAACUACUCUCGUUCUGCGCACUUAAUAUGAAGCUGGAGCCAGCAGCCGGGUAUAUUAGCUUAGCUUAGCUUAGGAUAAAGAAUGAAAACUAUGGAAACUGCAUGGCUCUGUCCAAAGGGAAAAUCCACCCAGAAGCACCUCUAAGUCUCACUAUUUAACACAUUGCAUCUCGUUUGUUUAUAUUUCCUAAAAUGUCGACCAUAACCUCCCUUAUGCUGUUGUCCCUGUGUAGCUUAUUCAGACAAUAAAAUUACAUCAGAAAGGCUCUUUUACUGAACCCAGGUGUACUGUUAGAGAUUUGAACACACCAGUCUCAGGACUGAAAGCGAGGAAAAACAAAAUGAUUGUGUUACUUCAUCCAAGGAAUGUCUUAAUGGCAGUAAAUGAUAUGUGAAUCUUUGUGCUGAAAAGGCUUUGGCCUGUUGAGAAUUUAGACGGUGUUUACAUGACUUUGACAUAUGAAUUGUGAUAACCAUUUCUUGACUGUGAAUUAAUUUGGGCUGAUUGAUAUAAUAUGUUGUGUUUACAUCGCUUGUAUUGCUGACUAAAAUAAAAAUAUGUCUCCCAUUCCUCACAUAUUGUAAAAUCACUGGACUAACACUUGAUUUGAGGCCAAUUUAAUGAGAAAGAGGCAAUAAAUCCUUUCAAAGGAU